GUUGCCCAUCCUGAAGUCAAUCUUCAGAAGAGAAGCAAAGCAACAGACCACGCCCCAGUGAGAGCUCAGUUUCCCCUCUUCAGUCUUUGCUCUCAACUGCUGCCAUGGCAAACGCAUCCGACAGCGAUAUUCCAUCCGUCACUCACGACCUCGACGAGGAUGAAGAAUUCGACGACGACGACCUCGAUGACGAAGACGACGAUGGCGGCGAACCCCUCGCGUCCUCAUCCGAGGCGGCUCGCCUAGAGGCCGUGCUCCGGCGUCUCACCGCGGACGAGGUCCGGAUCCGGGUGCACCAGGUCACGAUCCGGGGCUGCGCCCGCACGCGCCGCGCCGCGGUCGAGGCGGCGGUCGGCCCGGACGUGUCGCGCGCCGCCACCGUGCGGGACCUCGUGCGCGCCGCCGCCGCCGCUGGUGACCGGCUCCGUUGCCUCGGCGCCUUCGACACAGUCUCGAUCACCCUCGACGCGGCGCCGCCCGGGAUCCCUGGCAGCGCCGUCGUCGUCCUCAUUGAUGUUGCGGAGGCCCGCGGCCGCGCUGCCGGUGAUUUCGGCGUCUUCGCCAACACACAGAGUAGAUCAUGCUCACUUGAAGGUUCAGUGAAGUUGAAGAACCUAUUUGGAUACUGUGAGACCUGGGAUGCAUCAGGCGCUCUUGAAUUAGAUAAGACAGCAGAACUAAGUGCCGGAGUCCAAAUGCCUAGGAUCGGAGCAAUACCAACUCCCUUGAUGGCUAGAAUAUCGUUUGUAUCUGACGACUGGUUAAAGUCCUCACUGAAAGAACACUUGAUGGGCGUUUCUGUCGGCUUGCUCUCCACCAUAAACCACAACAUUGCUUACAAUUUGACAUGGAGAAAGUUAACUGAUCCAACACGCAUGUCAUCCAAUUCUGUACAAGAGGAAUUAGGACAUAGCCUUUUGUCCUCUAUUAAGUACGCGUACAAGGUUGACCGAAGGGACUCAAGCAUAAGACCUGCACGCGGAUAUGCUUUUAUGUCGACUUCUCAAGUUGGAGGGCUUGCACCAGGGAGCAAAUAUUCACGUUUUCUUAGGCAGGAAUUUGAUCUUCGAGUGGCUUUGCCUCUGGGUGUGCUGAAUGGUGCUCUCAACGCCGGAGUGGCUGCGGGAGUCAUCCAUCCAUUGGAAAGGGGAUCUGCAGGAUCUGUCUCACCACUUGUAGAAAGAUUUAACUUGGGUGGUAAUAGGGCUCUCGUGUGCCGCUUGGGUGGACCAUCUUCACUAUUAGGCUUCAAAACAAGAGGGCUACGGGCAGCAACAGAGUCCAGAACACAAGACCCCAACACUCCUGGCAAUGGCACUUCCCCUUCCCCUGAGCUAAAUGGUCUUGGAGGUGAAGUAGCGGUGACAGCCUUCGCCGACCUGUCAUUUGAUCUGCCUCUGAAGCCGCUCAGGGAGCUGGGAAUCCAUGGUCAUGCUUUUGUCUGUGCUGGAAAUCUUGGUAGAUUAACGGAGUGUGAUCUGCGGAAGUUCCCUGUUACUGAAUUCCUGCAGACGUUCAGAAGUUGUGCAGGAUGGGGCGUAGUUGUGCCGACCAGACUGUUCCGCGUAGAGAUGAAUUACUGCUACAUCCUAAAACAGCUUGAUCAUGACGGGGGGAAGACAGGCAUACAGUUGAACUUCUCAUCCUCCUAAUUUGUAAGAUGAAACCAAACAGAGCCCUAGUGGUAACAAAGCUCCUUGUAAACAUCUCAAUGGCAAACCUCAAAAAACCGGAUUUAUUAAUAAAAAAUAAGGUCAAAAACCGGAUGUGAAAGAUUACGUAAAAAAAAAACCGGAGUUCUUUAGACUUUCAUGGUCCACUGUCUGCGUUUGAAUGACAGCCAGAAACUCGGCUUUGCAUUGGGGAUCUUGUAUGUUGACUAUUUGCUCCUCUCCAGUCUCCACCAUAUCUAUAUGGGAGUGAUGAAGCAUUUGGCUAGGCAGACAGUCUCCAUCCCCAUCUACUGUCCGUCUUGUUCUUGUAUGAGCUGCAGCAUCAGCCAUUUUCAUGUCUAAGCUGACAUUCUUGUAACUUGAGAAUUAUUAAGGAGGGAAUAAGUAAGUUUUUAUAGAA